CAGCGGUUGUAUCGCAAGUGUUGUUCAACCGAGGUCGAACAUUUUCUGAAAUAAGCGAUUGUGGAUCUAGUGGACGUGGUUAUCUUCUGAAAAAUGAAAGUUUUAUAAUGCAACAACUCGAAUAAGUUUUUAUUUUACAUUUACUUAUACAAUAAACUUAAAUUUGAAUCGUCACGUGAGAAAUAUAGAAAUGAGUGUAACUCAGCUAGAAACAAUUAGCCUGAAAGCCCCACAGGAACUUCAAGUCAAAACACUGGAUUUCAGUUUUCGUGAUUUAUCUUACACCGUCGGAAAAGGUAAAAAUGUUAAAACAAUUAUACACCAAUUGAGCGGAAUCUUCAAGUCCGGUCAGCUGACGGCCAUUCUAGGGCCGUCCGGAGCGGGAAAAACUUCGUUAAUGAAUAUUCUAGCCGGUUUAAAGACGAGUGGAGUCGAUGGACACGUUAAGGUUAAUGGUGAAACACGGGAGUUGAAAACAUUUCGCAAACAAUCGGUUUACAUCACACAGCAGGACCAUCUGUUACAAGACUUAACCGUCUACGAGUACAUGAUGUCUGCUGCUCAUCUGAAACUGGGCAAUAAAGUGUCCGAAAAAGAAAAGAAAUCAGAAAUCAAGCUGGUUAUGAAGACAUUAGGUCUGAUAAACAGUAAACGAACGCGAAUUUCCUGCUUGUCUGGAGGGGAAUGUAAGCGGCUCUCUAUCGGAGUAGAAUUGUUCAAUAAUCCAGCCAUAUUAUUUUUGGAUGAACCGACAAGCGGACUGGACAGCUCGUCGAGUAUGCAAUGUGUUAAAUUAUUACGUGAAAUCGCCAGGAGCGGUCGAACAGUUGUAGCGACCAUUCACCAGCCAAGUUCGCGAUUAUUGGACCACUUUGAUAAUUUGUACAUCGUGGCAAGCGGAUCUUGUAUUUACCAAGGGCCAGUAGAAUCUUUAGUGCCCUAUUUAAAGAUCGUCAACUUGAACUGCCCCAGCUAUCACAAUCCGGCCGAUUUUGUAAUGGAUGUGGCUUCUGGAGAAUAUGGCGACGUGAUAACGCAAUUGACGUCAAUUGUUAAAAAUGGUCGUCUCAUUUACAACCAAGAUUCAGAAUCUGGUUCAAUUGCUAUACCUUCCCAUAACAGCGAAGACGAAUUUAAAGACGAACUGACAACAAACAAUGGCAAAAAGAAGCGGAAUAAUAAAAAUCAACUGGUGUACGGCGCACCAUUUCAUACACAAGUGGCUGUCCUGCUUAAUAGAACUUGGCGAACUAUUUGGAGAGAGAAGAUGCUAACAAAGGUACGCUUUCUUACUCGCAUUUUAUUUGCGAUCUUUUUCGGACUGUUGUUUGGAGCAGUCGGAAACAACGCCGCCUAUACCUUAAACAACGCUGGAUUGCUCUUCGUUAACUUAAUUUUUAUUUUGUUCACCGCCGCAAUGCCAACUGUCGUUACUUUUCCACUGGAGAGGAAAGUUCUGGCUCGAGAGCAUUUGAAUAAUUGGUACAGCCUCAAAGCGUACUACAUUGCCAAGACGCUAGCCGACAUUCCGUUCCAAAUAUUAUUUCCUACUUUUUACUUGAUCAUACUUUAUAUAAUGACUAAGCAGCCGAUGAGCAUGGAACGUUUCAUCAUGCUCCUAGUAAUAGUGAUAGGGUUAUCACUGGUGGGUCAAGGGAUUGGACUCGUCUUCGGCGCCUGGUUUGAUAUCCAAGAAGCCGUUUUCCUCGCGCCAACAAUGGCUAUUCCUUUAGUCAUUUUUGCUGGUUUCUUUAUCAAAUUGAGUGCCGUCCCGCCGUACCUGAACUGGGUGACUUACGUCAGUUUCUUUCGCUACGGUUUCGAAGGAUCCAUGUUAGCUAUCUACUACGAACGCCCGCCUAUCGACUGCUUUCAACCUUACUGCUACUUUCGCUCACCAAACAAGUUGUUGCAAGAAUUCGACAUGGAUCAAGGAUCCUAUUUAUUUUGUAUUGCUGGACUGCUGUUUUAUUUUGUGGCCAUGCGAUUUGCUGGUUAUUUUUUCUUACGUUCCAAGAUGAAGAGUAUGCGUUAAUCGUCUUUUGGGGUUCUGUUUUACUUCCUUUUUUGUAUUUGUCAUUCGUAAUAUUGAAAUGUGAAAUCUGCUGCUAUCAUAAUGCUACUUUGACGAAAUUUAGUUAAUAAAGGACUGUAAUGCAUGAA